AUGGCGCCUCUCGACGAUAUCCAGGUUGGCGACGUUGUGAACGUUCCCGGGGGCAUGUAUGGGACGGUCCGCUACCUGGGCAGCGUUGCCGGAAAACAAGGCAGGUUCGCUGGGAUCGAACUGGCUCCGGAGCACGCCAAGAGAGGCAAGAACAAUGGAGAUGUGGAAGGAAGAAAGUAUUUCAAGACCACUGUCCCUGGUUCCGGCAUCUUUGUUCCCAUGAACAACAAUCGCUAUGUCACGAAGCGAUCCUCCACAUCCGCCCCUACUGUGACCACCGCCCCUCCGACGCCUUCGCGACCGAUCAAUUUCAGCAAAUCUGUCGGUCCCAGUCCUGCAGUACCUCGUCCACGAGUAAGACGACCCUCUUUACCUCGCCCUGAGUCGCCGCGUGGUCCGCCUCCCUCCAAGCUUAGCCUUGCCGGUCUUCGUACUCCAUCCACCGCUUCUCGAGCAGGGCCGAGUCCCAAUGGCUAUCCUCGAAGUCCGGUUAAAGCUCCGUCUCGCGCAUCCGAUAGGACUCCCUCCCGCAUGAGCAUGGACGAUGACUUGUCCUCAGUCAGGACUUCCGACUUCCAUCGCAGCUCGAUGGCGUCGGAGGUGCAGGAAUUGAAAGAUCAGAUCAAGAGCCUGGAAAAGCAACUACUGGAUCGCGAUAAGCAACUAGAGGAACAGGCAAAUACACUUGCAGAAUUCCAAAGGACAAUUGAGGACCUAGAAGGCUCGGAUGCUCUGUCCAUCAGGGCCCAGCUGCGGGAGAAGAAUGAGAGGAUUGCUCAGUUGACAGCAGAAUUCGAUCUACAUCGAGCCGACUUCAGAAGCACCCUUGAUACGCUAGAGAUAGCCGCGUCCGAGACCGAGCGGGUCUACGAGCAGCGCCUGGACGAACUCAUGCAGCAGAAUAAAGAGCUACAAGACCGAGGGGAGGAUGUCGAGGCCGUUGCCAGGCAGCUGAAGCAGUUGGAAGAGCUGGUUUCGGAGCUAGAAGAGGGCCUGGAAGACGCAAGACGUGGCGAGGCGGAAGCGCGGGCUGAGGUCGAGUUUCUACGAGGAGAGGUGGAAAGAACAAAGCUUGAGCUGAAAAAAGAGCGCGAACAUUCCAGCGCCAUGUUGAGGGAAGCCCAUUCAGGCGGAGACGGAGGCCGGCAGUACUCGAAGGAACUAGACCAGAAAGACGACGAGAUCCGCGGCCUCAAAGCCAUCAUCCAUUCAUUGAGCAGGGGCGACCCGAACUUCCCUGGCCUUCAGAAUGGGCUUGCAAGUUCUCGACAGGACCAUGAUUCCGAACACAUCGCUCGUCUGGAACAGCGUAUUCAGGAAUUUGAGCAUGCAACCGAGAGCAAGAACUAUCGCAUUGAGGAGCUUGAGCGCGAGUUACAGCAGUUGCGGCUUAGCAACGAAAGCCGUACUCGCAGCUCCACGAUCAGCGCUCCAGCGCCUCCCCAUAAACCAUCGAACUCUGCUGGAUAUGUCGGGACCGCGAACACUAUCAACCAUGCUCAUCGACUGUCUGACCGCACAGUGGUCCCUAAUGACUGGCAAGAGCAACCUCAUGGUGAAAAUCAGUAUCAGCCGUUUGGCUCGCACCACCGAGGAGCUUCGAACUCCUCGCGCCACCGUUUGGAGACCAUGCAUGAGUCCGAUGGCCGCUCUGAUGAUGGCAAUUCCUUGUGGUGUGAGAUUUGCGAAACCGGCGGUCACGAUAUUCUGAGCUGCACGAACAUCCUUGGUGCCGAAACCAAGAACGAGCAUGUACGCCCCGUUGAGCAGUCACACCACGAGGCUUCUGUGGACAGCAAGUCGACCCCCGGGACUUCCAUCGCCGGAGAAUCCUCUCCGUUAAAGGACGAGGUUAGCGCCACCCCUCAAAAGACAGGACGAGACGCCGUCCUGGAGGGGCUGAAGGGUAUCAGUGGAGGUCUCACCGCUUCUAUGGCUCCUGUUGCAGGGAAGGCUAGUGGAGUGAUUGAUGAAACGAAGUGGUGUGCCCUCUGUGAGAGGGACGGUCAUGAAAGCAUUGAUUGCCCUUUUGAUGAGUGA